CACGCACAACGAUACCCGCACCAAAAACUGUCUUACCUAGUCGUAUGCACUAUGCCCGUCGCUAAAAGAAAUAACGGCUGCUUGGAGUGUCGUAGGCGGCGCGUCUGCUGCGAUAUGAAGCUUCCUACGUGCUCGAAAUGCCAGAAAAGGGGCAUUGAAUGCUCUGGUCAAGGUAGGGAGUACAGGUUCAGCAAUUAUAUGCGCAAAUCCAAGUCUACCCGUACACCUACUUCGUCAGAGCUCUCUACCGUUAAAUCCGCCCUCAGUAGCGAUGGCCAACCACGGGCCUCAAGAGCGAGUCGCAAUACGGGGGACUAUCAACGGGGCGUUACUGAUAAACACAGCUUGGAAGUAGCAACUCCCUCAUUAUCAACUGACAAAAUUAUUGCGUCAGACAAAAUGCAAUGCAGCGCAAACUGGAGUCUGCGUGAGGCCAUAGAACUUGUGCCUGCCCAACCUAGAAUGCUGUUUAAUCACUUUUCAACAUUUAUUGCGUCUAAGAUGGUCAUUCUCGACUUUGCUGGCAAUGGCUAUCGCAACCUGAUCUUGCCCAUGGCUUGCCAUGACGAUCUCGUCGGUGAGGCUGUGUCGGUUGUGGCCAUGUUUCAUCUUUCUCAAGAGAUGCCAUCUGUUCGAUUGGAAGCAGAAAUACGUCAGCAAAGAGUCAUCAGCCAGCUUCGGCAGGUCGCACUGAUGCACAACGACAUUGAGGCGUUAGGUCUAUCCGCAUGGAUAACGACUCUGGUAUUAUUGGUUGGCGACACAAUCACAGGCUCUGCCAACUAUACCAUUCUGCUCCAGUUACUGUCACAUAUGGCACCGUCACUCGCAUCAGAUAAGACACUGCCCGAAAGCACAAGACUAUUCAUCUCCCAACAAACGCGGAUGUUUGAGUUCUUUGGGUUUCCAUUGUCUAGUAGGUCAAAAGGCUUGGAGACAUUGCGCCAACAUCCAGAAUAUUACCUCGAUUUCAUGGUAUCCAUUCCACCACUUAUCGAAGAGUCAGAAAUCUACCCUACCAUCGUCAGGAUAAAGGAUGCCACUCGACAAGCUUGCCAGAUAUAUCGCAAUCGUGUCCAAAAUACUGUCUCUUGCGAUGUGUCUAUAGCAUCAGUGGAGAGCCUUCGUCAAAUCCUGGCAAACAUUGAACCGGAGGCAGAAGGGCGGCAUGCGCUCGUCUGGACUUGCUUUGUCGCUGCAGCGGAGAGUGUUCUACCAGUACAUCGAGAGUUCUUCUACAGUCGCUUGAAAGAUCUCUAUCAGUGCACUCGGUUUGGAAGCAUUCCUAUUGCUCUAGAAACACUCAAGCAUAUCUGGGAGACAGACAGCUCCCAGCACUGGAUAGAUGUUGUAACACGACAACGCCCCGUCCUUAUAAUGUAAUGCGAAGCUGUUUGCAAAAUUUAGUUAUGUUAUACUACAUACAAAUUGAUGCAACUUAGCCGAUUAACCUUUAGUCUCAGACAAUCAAUAGACGGAAACUAUAUUUUUUCCGAACCCGCCAAAUCAGCCCGAACCGCCACAGCUGCUCUGGUGCCUUCUUCAAUAGCUCCAUCUAUGAAGCUUCGCCAACCUGUGGCCCAAUCUGAGCAAGCGAAAAAGAUGUUUCCAUGGCGUCCUCGCAUAUCCUGCAAGUGAUCAGAGAGUAACUUGGGACCAGAGAAGAACCUAAAUAUUGUCAGCAUUUUUACACUUUCCUGUUGAUUGUUUACUAGUCGACAUACCAAGCUCCUUUUGCAAACCUGUCUCUCGACCAGUUAUGGAAGACCUUUUCAAUGGUUAGAGUCGGGGAGCUAGAUUGGGUGGAACCUUCACUCAAUACUAACCACUCGCUUGAUGUCCAUGGGAACAAACCGCUUGAAGCACUCCAUAGUGUGAUUGAUGUCAUCCUCGGGGUGAAAAUGAUUGUGCUUGCCACCAAACGCCACGACAUGAGUGUUUCCAACAGGUGUCUCGCCAUCGCCGAAGCCAAAUAUGAGUCCAUUGUGCGGAUAGCUGAUGCCUGUGAACGAUCGGAGGUCUCUGUCGCUUAUUUCGGCGUGUACUUUAACUGUUUGAUUGACGUGGCCGAUUUUUGCAGCUUGUUGCUUUCCCUCGGGCAGGGGCGGUGAAAAUGUUAUGUCGUUCAACACGUUCAACGGCAUGCAACUAAUCAUCUUCGCUGCAACAAACGUCUUACCACUCUCCGUCGUCACAUGAACACCGCUACCUGCCUCAUCCGAAAUGGCACAAAUAGGCUCGUUGAAGACAUAUGUUAGAUUUCCAGACGCCAAUGCCUCGUUGAAGAACCGGAUUGCGAAGGAUGACUGGCCUCCGCGGAACUUGUACCUGACGAGAUGGUUGAUGCAGCCCUCAUAGCUGUAGCCACUUAGCGCCCACCAGUGAAGAAAUUCAUAAAAGCUGGUUGUUUCUAGCGUGGCUCCGCUGCAAAGCAGCACCCAACCUUCGACGCAGAGUCUCUCAUUCGGCGUCAAAUCAUGCUCGAUUUCCUUUAGACGAUCGGCCACUGACAUACAGUCGUACUUCUCCUCCAGCUCGUUGAGUUUGGUGCUGUGUGGGAAUGGAAUUGCUUUGCGGCCAUGCUCACCAUCAACGUUGACAAAUUUGGAGAUGGCGGAGGUAAUCAGAGCGUCCUUUUUUUGUUAGCCCUUUAUUUCAUUCCUGGGUAAGCAUCCCGACCUGACUUACCUCUUCUUCAUGAGUGAAACUCUGCGUCUUAUCCGUGGAGGCAAGUAAAAACUUAUUAAUUCCUCUUGAGAAGUCGUAAGAAAUUUCGAGUUCGUCCUGCAUACCGUAGCGAGCAAUCUCGCGCCACACAAUAGCCUGGCCCCAGUAUACCCAUGUGCCGCCCAUCUCAUAUGGGUAUCCUUCAAUAUUAGAAGACCAGGAGCGGCCACCAAUGCGGUCUCGUGCUUCAAGGAGCAAGACUUUGAGGCCUAAAUAAUGGUUAGACUACGUCGUACAUAGUCAGAUCCCCGCCACAUACCUGCGACACUAGCAUCGCGUGCUGCGGUGAGCCCGCUGUAUCCUGCACCGACAACGAUUACAUCAAACUUGCUGUUCGUGUCAUGGUAAUUGGUGGGUGGUUCGAUUACACCAAUGCAAGGGACACCAGGGCGCAGACCGUCCGCCUUGGUCCAAGAAAAGCCGUCUUUAGAAGUCAUUUUUGUGUACUUGACGAUGAGAGAAGGAAGCGAAAUGAAACAAAGAAGUCGAAGCCAGUAGCUAGCAUAUAAAUAUACGAUACUGUUCUAUCUAUCG